AGUGGCUGUGCCGAGCGGGCAGCUCGGGUGCCUGGGCACGCACAGAGCUGCUUGCUCCGGGCAGAAAAAGCGAUUAUCUGGCUCACCCAUCCUGGGAAAACAUCAUCAGGCAACAAAGAGCGAAGGGAAGAAGUUUCCAGGGCGGCAGAGGGACCGGCACUGAAGAGCCAGCAAGGCCAGCAGCUGCUGGCAGCGGAGCCCAGCGAGGUCCCUGCGGGGUGGCAGCAGCAGCAGGGAGGCAGUGCCGGAGCACAGCCACCUCCACGUGAUCCUCUGUCCCUGCUGCCACCGCAGGGACCUGGCAGGAGCCCGGCAGCCUCCUUGGACCGGCCAAAAGUCACCCGGGCACGAGUGCGGGCGGGCGGCAGCCCCAGCACAGCCGCAUGUCGUGGGGCACAGGGCAGCACCUGCCCCCCGGGCUCCCCAGGGCCUCGCUGCGGAAAUCAGCUUCGAUGUACACGGAAAUACAGCGGGAGCGACCAGAUGGUGGGAAUAUCCUGACUCACCCAGACUACAUCGAUGGAAACCCAGACCUCAUCAAACCUAAAAAGCUCCUAAAUCCUGUAAAAGCCUCGAAGAGCCAUCAAGAGCUGCACAGGGAGCUGCUGAUGAACCACAAAAGAGGUUUGGGUGUGGAGAGCAAGCCAGAGCUGCAGCGAGUGCUCGAGCACCGACGGCGAGACCUGCUCAUCAAACAGAAGAAGGAAGAGGAAGAGGCAAAGAAAUUGCAGUCUCCUUUUGAAAAAGAGUUAUUAAAGAGGCACCAGAGGCUGGAUCAGCUGGAGAAAGAGCAGGAGAAGCAGGAAGACCAUGCACCAGAAUUCAUUAAAGUCAAGGAAAACCUGAGAAGAACAUCAACGGUGACGGGGGAUGAGAAAGCAGCAUAGCUUCUGCCAAAACCCAAUGGGAUCCUACCACGGCCAGCGCCAACACCCCCACUGAAAUCUCUGUACAUGGUGGACAUUCCCAGCCACACCAUCAGGGCUACUUGCAGUUAUUAACACUUGCUCCAGUAGAAGGCACAGAAAAGGUUUUCCCAGACCAGGAGGGAAUCACUGUGGAAAAAGUGCAGUAUUCACCAAAGUACUCACACAAGUGGAUGCAGAGAGAAUGGUGUUAUUUUCCCCCCAGACUGUGGGUGCACUCUAACCACCAGCUAACUCUUGGUUAACUCUAGAGACACAGUGAAUAUUUCAAACAGGGAAGUCUGUGUAGGAACAGAUUUGGGGGACUCCUGCUUCUUCCUGGAGGCAGGUUUGCCAGGCACAAGGGGACGAGGGCAGCUGCAGCUCUGGAGAGCCUCCUAGAAACCUGGUAACUAAAAGGGACAACCUGUGUAUUACUGAGAGCAGCCCAGGUCACCAUAAUGGCUUUCCCAAGGUCUCUGGCUUUGCACCAGUGUGCCAGUCAAGCAUGGCUGAGGCUGUGUGCCUCAGCAGCACACCUGUACUAUCAGAAAAACCAACCUUUGUGUGCCCUUACCAGUGCAGCACAGGCAGGUGCAGCUGUACUUCACAAGCACCUUUAAAUGGCAUUUCAGCCAUUUGAAAGUGUUUUUUUAGGCAGUUCCAUGCUCAGGCAGAAAACACAUUGGGCUGUUCCAUCAACUCCCCAGGUGGAAGGCAAAUUCUGUGUGCAGAAAGCAAAGGCUGGGUGUUCCCAGCACGGGUGUGAAGUGUGCAGUGACCAGGCAGCAGAUCCCUGUGGACACAGCAGGCAGACAAAUUGCUUCUUGCCCCUGCACUACUGAGCUUCAUACCCUCACCCAGCAGCUGGGCAUGUGCUACCACGGGGACCCACAGGAAAUGCCCUGUGAUGGAAAGAGGGUGAUGUGGUCAUGUCCCACCAGUGCCAGCAGUCCUGUUUAACCACCCCACAUGCAGCUGGUACCUGUGGGCACCAGUGGGUACAGGGCAUGUAGGUCCUGAUGCAAAAUUACUUGUCAGUGCUUUUCAUCCCUUCUUCCAGAGGUCAGAGCUGCCUCAUUGUAGUUGCCACUUUAAAAAGCUAAAACUCUUCUUGCUGCUGGUAUAGCCAAGAUGAGGUGGAUGGUGCAUUUGCACCAUGUAUGGACAGAGCCUGUCACACUUAAGGGGCACCUGUGCCCUGGGAUAUCCAUAUCUAGAGCUGGCAGUUUUCAGGAAUAUCUCAGCUUCUUGCUUCGCACAUCAACCCUGAUACAAAGCCUGAACAACAUAACUCACUGACUGCCUUUGCACACUGGCUAUUUGAACAGCCUCAGCAGACCUCGUCAGCUGGGCAGGUAAUACCUGGUUAAUCAACAUUUAUUAUCCACAUCUUCAGUGGAUCUAUAUGUAACUUAAGGGAAACUGAGCAUUUAUACAUAUCUAUAAAAAAGUUACUAAUCCAUUCUCUAGUCUCCUGGUCCCGUGAGAUGUUUCAUUUCAGAGGGCUGUUGCUUGACCUGGCAGCUUGACUAAAACAUCUGAGCCACAUCACAUGUCAAGAGCAGUGAUACAGGUAUGGAGCUUUUGUGACAGACUGGACUAUAAAAGCCCUUAACUCAGCUUCAAUCCUUGAGCACCCCAUCUCAUGGCACUGCCUCUGCUGUAGUUUUUAUGGCCCUUGCUCAUAUGCUUAUUCUAAACAUGAUUUUAUUUCAGAAAUCCAGUGCAUAUUGUCACUUUGGGUCAAACAAGAUUUGAAGGGAUCUAUUAAAGGCCUUUCCAACUGUGAAGCUUUCUAUACAGGUUAUGGUUAAAACCAUAAGGAAGAAGCAGCAUCCAGUAUUUUUUCAAGGGGAAAAAAAGCCAAAUUUCUCCAAAGAUAAAAAAGUGUUGCUAAGGAUGCUUGUAUAUAGCUGUAAAGAAUGCUGCAUGAUACUCCAUAGGUAACAGCAGUGUAACUAACAAGCCAGAAUUACUGUGCUGAGGUUUUGUGAGGAGUUACGGCAUAGAUAAGGUAACCUUGAUCAAAGAGCUCAAAAAAAUUCAGCAAAUUAAUUUGUAAUUUUGCAACAGAUGGAAAUGCACUCCAGGAGAGGCAAUCUGUCGCUCCAUAUGCACCAGUGAAAUCCAUGUUACCAGCUCACCCGGGCUGGGACAGGGGCAUUUAUGCAAGUCCUUGGGUGGGAGCCAUCCAGUAAGGUCAGCAGGGAAGAGGCAGGAAGGAUUUUGCUGCUCUUCUUAAGUAUUCAAAUAUUACCUGGAGGGGAAAAAUAAAUCAAGGUGUCUCCCUUUGAUGCAGUGUCCUCCAAGCACAGCGAGGGGCUGCACACAAUGCAGUCCAUUGUGGCUAAGGGUCAUUCCCAGCAGGUAUCCCAAAGGGCGAGGGAGGGCCAGGUCACACUGUCCUAACUCAGGCUGGGCUAGUAGAGUCACAAGAAAUCCUUCCAGCAGUGGAGACACAGCAGAAAUCCCCGACCCAGCUGCCCACCAAGACCCCACGGGCUGCCUCCAGCAGAGACAGGCAGCACCCUGGGGAACACAGCAGGGCAGACAGAGCUCCAGGCUCCAGCUCUUGGAAAUGGCACAUGGAAAAUGAUCCUUUCACUGUUGAAGUACUGGCUUAAACAUCACAGCAUUUUCCAGCACAGCUCUUCUCACCCUCUGAACUGAUAACCCCCAGCUGGGCUCAGACACAGAGCCCAUGCAACUUUCACCAAUGCUCUUGUGCUUCAGGGAACAGCAGUGAGGAGGUGGCACCCUAAAAAAAAAUCUGUGUAGAUAUCACUAGGAAGAUUUUGGGGUAUAUUUGUGUCUCUAUUUCUUUUGCAUUAAUUUUUUCCCUAUGCCCCUAAAGCACAUUCCUGAAUAAAAUUGGUGUAUCUAGAAGAUACAAAUUAUCAGAAUAUUGAUGGAAGACAACGUUUUGCACUGUCUAUGUUGCUUAUGUGGUGUAUAUAGUCUGUAUUCUGUGUUGGUGCUUAUACAUUUAUAUAAAACUAUAUGUCAUGCACCUCUACUGAAUUAACUCACUGUUUAAGCUGGACACUUCUGAAGAAAUAAACUAAAUUAUGAUUGUAUAUUUUCCACAAGGAACUAAAAAGCUCCAAGGAUACAAACAGACAACAGCCAAAUAAAAUUAAUGAACAUAAAGAA